CAUGCUCUCGCACUGCCCAACCACAAAUGCACAGAUCCAUGGCCACCUUCUAGCUUAGCUUCUCCAGCCAAAGCUAAAUUAAUGGCGGCUUCUUCUCCUCCCAUUGUCAUGGAGGCCAAGAAGAAGUGCCCAUCAGCUGCCAUGUGGCCGUGCUUGUCUCCCCGGGCGGCAGUGCUCAUUGCGCUCCUCCUCUUGCCGGCGGCCAUGGCGGCGGCGGCGGCGGCGGCCGGCGGCCACGGCGAGGAGAUGAAGUCCAUCUACGCCGGGCCCAAGGUCGUGCCCGUGCGGCUGGGCCGGCCGGCGUUCGGCCCGGAGAGCCUCGCCUUCGACCACCGCGGCGGCGGCCCCUACACCGGCGUCUCCAACGGCCGCGUCCUCCGGUGGCGCGCCGACCGCCGCCGCCCCGGCUGGACCGAGUUCGCCCACAACUACAAGCACGCGACGGUGGCGGAGUGCGCAGCGAGGAAGAAGGCGGCGGCGGCGGCGGAGAGCGUGUGCGGGCGGCCGCUGGGGGUGCAGUUCGACCGGAGGACGGGCGAGAUGUACAUCGCGGACGCGUACCUGGGGCUGAUGAGGGUGGGGCGGCGCGGCGGGAUGGCGGAGGUGGUGGCGGCGGAGGCCGGCGGCGUGGCGCUCAACUUCGCGAACGGGGUGGACGUCGACCAAGCCACCGGCGACGUCUACUUCACCGAUAGCAGCACCACGUACAAGCGGAGCGACUACCUGCUGGUGGUGCUCUCCGGCGACGCGACGGGGCGGCUGCUCCGGUACGAGCCGCGGACGGGCAACGUCACCGUGCUCGAGUCCGGCCUCGCCUUCCCCAACGGCGUCGCCGUCAGCGCCGACGGCACCCACCUCGUCGUCGCCGAGACGGCCUCCUGCCGGCUGCUCCGCCACUGGCUCCGCGGCAGCAACGCCGGCGCCACCGAGGUUCUCGCCGACCUCCCCGGCUACCCGGACAACGUGCGCCACGCCGCCGCCGACGGCGGCCGCGGCGCGUCGUACUGGGUCGCGCUCAACCGCGACAAGGCGUGGACCGUGAACGGCACGACGCCGGCGUCCGUGGCCGCCGUCAGGGUGGUCGUCGACGACGGCGGCAGCAAGGUGGACGUGGCGCUGCGCGGGUUCGGCGGCGCCACGGUGAGCGAGGUGGUGGAGCGGAACGGGUCGCUGUGGUUCGGCUCCGUCGACACGCCGUACGUCGGCUUGCUCAAGCUCACCUCGCUCUAGCUUAGCUUAGCUGCUUUACCGCGCACGUGCCAAAUUCGAGCUCUAUUAAUAUUAUUUUUUUAGAAAAAAGAAACAACGUGCCAAUUAGAUGUUUGGUAACACAAGGAUUCGUUCCGGGACGGGGAUGAUAGGUAUAACAAGAAAUUUAUAAUAGGUACAACAAAAAACCGUGAUUCAUUCCGGGUCGAGUACCAAUUUACUCAUAUUAAGUACAACAAAACAUCCGGAUUAGUUCCACACCUCUUGACUAGCAGAUUGAUUUCUAGUCUCUUAUUGUCCAUAUCAUGUGUAAAUUGGUUUCCAGCCCAGAAUGAAUCCCGUUCUCUCAUUAUAUAUAUCAUAAAUUUCUUACUAUACUUGUCAUUCCCGGUUCGGAUUGAAUCCUUGUGUAACCGAACGAGGCCUAAUCCUGUUUGGUAGCUAGAGCCAUGUGUCUCAGUGGUAAAAUUUUAUGGUAAAAAUCAUGUCUCAAAAUAUUUAUGACCUAUGAAUAGUCUUCUCCGAUUCCUACGUUGCAUAGGUGCAACAUCAAACAAGAGGUUGUCGAUGAUGUCGUCGUUGAAAGUGAGUGAUGUUUAGAGUGUUGUUUGCAAGCGAAAAUGGUAUUUUGUUGGCAUCUGUUUGUCAACCUUAACUUCGUUCGUGGGAUUUGCUUUGGAAUCACGAGAGAGGUUUAUACCAACAAGGAUCAUCUCGAUUGAAGUAUAUACACAUGUCACAAUCUGCAAUGCAAAUAUUAUAUGAUCAAAGCGCAUCAGACUUCAAUACAAUGCUUUCCAAUUGUUCAUAAAUCAUCAUAACAUCCAAAUAAAGAAUUUGGGGGUGAACUUCCUGUAAAUGGGGAAGAAUUUCCCAUGUUUCAGACAGCCGAUUAGUUUGAUAAAUAAUGCAUGGCAAAA